AUGCAGAAAUCAUCGUUGGGUGAUGAGGAUCCUCUCGUUCAAUACGUGGUACUGCGUAAGGACUUGACCGUGAAGCUGAACUGGCCUCUGGGCGCAGUUGUGGCUCAAGCGUGCCAUGCUGCGGUGGAUGCGCUAGGGAUUUCCAUGAUACGAGACGGAGACGAAGCCAAGACAUAUUUGGCUGCCGGCAGUAGCAUGAUAACAGUCGUCUUGCAAGUCCCAGGUGAGCCUGAAUUGCUCAAGCUUCGGGACAAGCUGCAGCAGAGCCAAAUCGGCCAUUCGUUAUGGAAAGAAGAACCAGAGAAAAUCCCGACGGCAUUAGCAUCUGUGCCGAUACGAAAAAGUGCUGGAAAGGUCUUCAAAGGACUAAAACUUUUGUCAUAA